UGCCAGUUACUGGUAGCACAAUGUAUUCGUGCCAUUAAGAAAUUUGCGCGUUCUCAGAUGCUUAUUGUUAGCUCUUCAGCAGCAGUUAACCUACAAACGCUAACCAAUUUACUCUACUGUCGCUAUAUCAUUCUGCCACUGAUCCUUGUCCUACGGAUUGUUGAUGCGGUAACAUGCCCACUGGAAUCAUCAUCACAAAUCGGUUCAGCUAGCAGCAGUAGUAGCGCCAGUAAGUCGUUAACGCUAACAAAACGAAAAAUUUGUCCGGAUUUCAAGGAUAAUGAGGACGAGAAAUACUGCUGCCCGUCACAUGUUGUGCCUGGAAGUUACUACUGCUGUUCCCAGGAGCAUCUUUAUAAAAUCGAAGCGGAAAAAGCUGCUGAAGUGAGGCGACAGUUCAUCAAAAAAACCUCACUUUGA